AAGAUGAAAACAAACGGAUUUGCAAGCAUUUGCAAGAAAUAUUGGUGUUAACGAAAUUACCCGCAGGAUGCAGAUUAAAAGCUUAUACAUUUAUUGAGAAAUAAAUAAUCAUGACUGAGUAAUUUCAAACAAUAUUUAUUGGUUGUACUUGUGUGUCAAAGUCAUGAUAUUGAGUUUGGAAGGAACUACUAAGGACAAAGAAAACUACGAAAGAACGACCGGUUUCCCGCGUUACCAAAAUGGCGCAGGUAGCGGCGUAACUCAAACGGUUCGGACGGUCCCGUCGUUACGUGGUUCGGUUUAUCUGUUCGUUUCGCAAAGUGGCACCGCUAAUAUAAACACAAAAUAGACAAUGGCGAGUGAAAGUUCGUUGUCGUUAUUGACGUUGACGAGUUCACAGGAAGACAGCAUAAUUUCAGAGCUUCGCGAUAAUGAAAUAAAUCUACAAGACCUGCACGACUUUGCUUUCGAUCACACCGAUAUUGUUGAAGAGAAGUUUGACAUCAGCCAUUAUCAAGAGACGCUACCGAACCACAAUGAUCUGUCCACGCAAACUGUAAUGCAGGCACAGAUGCCGGCAAACCAGGAGUUUGCUGGCGAAUUAAACUUCGAAUUGUUGCCGAACCAACAAGAUGGAAGCAAGUCUUGGGUGUACUCCGCGAAGCUGCAAAAAGUUUUUAUUGAGAUGGAAAAAACUCUGCCUUUAUGGGUCAAAUGGUCACCACCACACGGCCAGCUUUAUGUAAGGGCUGGAAUGGCUUUUUGCGAGCCGACCCACCGGUCAGAUCCUGUGACUCGAUGCCACAAUCAUAUCGCCCUUUCAGAUCAGAAUAUCCCAUACCUGCGACAUGUGCUUUCUUGUAAGCAUAAUGGGGCGAGAUAUUGUGAGACCAAUACAGGGCACUAUUCAGUCCUUGUACCACUUGGAACUCCUGAGCCCGGUACUGAUUCGGUUCAAAUGGAUUUCACUUUUCAUUGCAAAAACAGCUGCAGUACAGGCAUAAAUAGAAAACCUACCGAAGUAAUUUUCACUUUGGAGACGGACAGAGCAGAAGUGUUGGGGCGCCGCAAACUGCUUGUGCGAAUUUGCAGUUGCCCGAAACGAGACAGGGGCAAAGAGGAGAAAGAACUGCGGGAAUCUUCAGGUGGAAAAAAAAGAAAAAUUAUGUUAGGCAAAAAAUAUAUAUCGCUACCUGUAGAACAGCAGCAUGAAACCGACGCUGAAAUUUUCUCGUUUAAUGUUAAAAUUUAUGGCCGUGACAAUUAUGAAACUGUAAAAAAAGUUACAUCAAGUGUCAUGGCUCAGACUCUUGUCGACGGAGGGCCAUCAGCGGUAAUACAACCGUUAAUCGAAUACAUUAAACGUCUACCAUAAUAUGCAUUGGUAUGAUGCAAAAUUUAUUAUUAUUAUCAUAUUGUCUGUUUUAACUACGCAAAAAAGAAAAAAAGAAAAAAAAAAAACUUCAUCGUCAUUGAAGGAAUACUGACUGUAAAUGGAAACAAACGAUCAUUUUUUUACGUUAUUUGAUAAUUGCAUCCUAACUAAGGAAAUCAAUUCCAUACAGCACGUAUGUACAAUGAAUCUAUGAUGACGCAUAUGGGGCAUUAUUUUUGAAAUUGGGCAAGACUUUAAAGGUGAACAUCAAAUCAAAUCUGCACAUAGCAGAAAACAGUGUAGAAAUACCCAGGGUGGAUACAGCAAUGCCGUAGUCGUGAUCCCGAGAAUGCAUAGGUUUCCCAAUUCCAUAUAGGCCACACACCACAAAAAAAAAAAUUCACCAGUUUUUUAAAUAUUAUUGACAGCAAUGAAGGUCUGGGGCCUCUAGACUUUUUUUGAUAGUAACUUGACAAAGUUCGCAUUUAAAUAAAUAAUGAAAAUGUAACGAGUGAUUGGCUCAUAAUGAUACUUGGCUUAAAAUUCACGAAACAAUUCGAAAAGUUGGUGAUAAUGUUGUGAUAUAAUUCUUUUCUUAUUUAAAAAACUUUUUUUUUUUCAAUAUUCCUUCGUUUUCGAGUUGUACUCAUUUGAAAAAUUUUAACGCGAACUAUUUCGAAAAGCACGUCAAGAAUAGAUCGAAAAAAUUUUUGGAAACCUCAUGUAUAUUUCUUUUGAUAGGCAAAAUGAAAUUUAAAAGAAUUAUGUGAAUAAAAAAUUCGAGCUUAAAGUCUUUUCCGAUUUAUCAAAAAAUGUACCUUACGCUAUAUCUUUUCUACGUACCAGUAAUUAUUAUAUUGAUAAUUAUUACGAUUAUUAUUUGUUAAGAAUUACCAUACAUAUUUUGUUUACUUCAUUUUUAAGAGGACAAUUCUUCAGCAGGAUCAAAUCUGAUGAGUUUGUGUCUAUUGCUCAGUUUUAUUGUUGCAUUUUUAACUCGUGGAACUGCGUUCCAUUUACAACGGUUUGGAUGUUCGGGUAUUAUUUAGUAGACCAACUUGUGCCUUAACCAGUAGUCGGAUCUGUUUUUAAAUUUCGAACUCGAACGUUCAGAUAUUAAUGCAAGUGAACUAAAUUAGGAAUAUUUUCAUAUGAAAUGUUAGUUUAAGACCGAUGUUUAAAAAUAAAGUUACUGAUACAAUUUUCAA